AUGUCCGGUGAAGAAGUACGUGUGGAAAUGCGCAAAGACGAUCAUGACAGCGCAUACAGCCCUCAGGCGCCCCAGAUUGAUUGUGGGACAAAGGCGCCACUCACUGCCUGCCGUGGCCAGGAGUGCCACGUCUUUUCAGUAGCGUUGGUACCUGGCUGUGGCGCGUCAUCCUUCACCAGCCCUUUGGACAGUCUUGAACUGCAGCGGGCUGCAGCUUCUCCAAACUCGCCCGCGCACCCACGACUCAACAUGCGUCACAACGCUGUGACUGUCCGACUCGCCGCCGCCGCCGCCAUUGGCACGGCGCUGGUCAGCGCCUCGGAAUAUACGCCAAAGCAUGAACAGGGACGAUGUGCCUUCCGCGGUCAAUGUGGCAAGCAGAGCUUCUUCGGAAAGGAGCUGCCCUGCGUCGAAAACGGUCUCGCCCAAGACCCGGAGGCCGAGCUUCGGAGCGAGCUGGUUGACCUCUGCGGCGAGGAAUUUCGCGAAGGGCCCGUUUGCUGCACUCUGCCCCAAGUCCAAGCUCUCAAAUCCGAACUCGGCACCCCAAAUACCCUGAUUGGAUCCUGCCCGGCAUGCAAGCACAACUUUUUCAACACAUUCUGCAAGUUUACUUGCUCUCCGGACCAGUCACUUUUUGUCAACGUAACAAGUGCCGCCGAAAAGGGAGACCAGCUGCUCGUCACUGAACUCGAUCAUCUCAUCUCGAACGAAUACGGCGCUGGCUUCUACGACAGCUGCAAAGAGGUCAAAUUUGGCGGCGCCAACUCGAGAGCUAUGAACCUCAUUGGAGGCGGCGCCAAGGAAUACACUGCGUUUCUCAAGUUUCUCGGAGAUAAGAAGCUCGUGGGAUCCCCGUUCCAGAUCAACUUCCCACGAACCUACGACGACCCGGCUAUGGGGCCCCUUGAUAUGAAAGCGAAAAAGUGCAAUGACGAAGACCCCAAUUACCGCUGUGUCUGCGUUGAUUGCCCCGAAGUCUGCCCCGAUCUUCCCGAGGUCAAGCAAAAUCAUUCGUGCCGAGUUGGUGCGCUUCCAUGCUUGUCAUUUGCCUCCAUCUUCAUUUACAGUAUACUACUCUUUGCUCUGGCGGCGCUCUUAUCUGGCCAUGUGGUAUGGAAGAAAUUCUCCAAGAGGCGAGCCGAGCGGACUAGGCUUCUGCACGAGGCUUCCCACAGUGAUGAUGAGGACGAAGGUGGCCCCGUUCAAUCCGAGGCCAUGCGUGAUCGUCCCGUGAAACGAUACUGGUUGAAUGAUCGGUGCGACAAGGCAUUUUACCAACUUGGACUUUCUGCUGCCAACGCCCCUGCCCUAACCAUCACAAUUUGUCUUGUUGUAGUAGCGAUUCUGAGCGCUGGUUGGGUUCACUUUGACCUAGAAAAGGAACCCGCUCGACUAUGGGUUAGUCCGUCAUCUGCUGCAGCGCAAGAAAAGGCGUAUUUCGAUGACAAUUUUGGACCAUUUUAUCGUGCUGAGCAGGCCUUUCUUGUCAAUGACACGUUAUCAGACGGUCCUUCUCCAGUUCUCAGCUACGAAACUCUUCAGUGGUGGAUUGGCGUGGAACGAAGCAUUCAAAACCUCGAGAGCCCGACCUAUGGCAAAUAUCUUCGUGAUCUUUGCUUCAAACCAACAAAUGAUGCAUGCGUCAUCCAGUCUGUUUCGGCAUACUGGCAGUCCAAGGGCGGCUUUGGACGUAAGACGUGGCAAGAUGAGCUCCGUGCCUGCGCAAAAAGCCCAGUUGAAUGUCGUCCCGACUUUGGCCAACCCAUCGAACCAGAGAUGAUUCUGGGCGGCUACGACUCUGACGUUGCGCACGCCAAGGCAAUUACAGUCACCUGGGUUGUCAAUAAUGCUCCUGGAGGCACCAUCGAAUUCGCUCAUGCCGUUGACUGGGAGAAUACCCUCCGCGACAGGCUUCUGCAAGUUCAACAGGAGGCUGCUGACCGCGGUCUCCGCCUCUCUUUCAACACCGAAAUCAGUCUCGAGCAGGAGCUCAACAAGUCCACCAAUACCGAUGCCAAGAUUGUCGUCAUCAGUUAUGUCGUCAUGUUCAUCUACGCCUGCUUGGCUCUGGGUAUGCCUUUGAAGCACAUCUUCCGCAACCCUGCCGUACUUUUGGUAGAGUCCAAGGUUACUCUCGGACUGGUUGGCAUAAUGAUUGUGCUCAUGUCCAUCUGCGCGUCUAUCGGUUUCUUUUCUUGGGUGGGACUCAAGGCCACAUUGAUUAUUGUCGAGGUCAUUCCCUUUAUCGUGCUGGCGGUCGGUGUUGACAACAUUUUCCUCAUCGUUCAUGAGUUGGACAGGGUGAACCUGAGCUGCCCUGACCAGAUGGUCGAAGAGCGAGUCGCCCGAGCGCUCGGCAGAAUGGGUCCUUCCAUCCUGUUCUCCGCUCUGACGGAAACCGUCGCUUUUGCACUUGGAGCCGCUGUCGGCAUGCCAGCUGUUCGCAACUUUGCUGCAUACGCGGCUGGUGCUGUACUCGUCAACGCCAUCUUACAAAUGACCAUGUUUGUGUCGUUCCUUGCACUCAACCAGCUGCGCGUCGAGGACUACCGCUGCGAGCUGUGGCCAUGGUGGCAAGUCAAGACAGCCCGAGUACACCUGACCUCUGGCAACGGCUACGCUACGGGCAGAGCAUCGGAUGUCGAUGAAGAAAGUAUGCUGCAGGUGUUCAUUAAGAACACGUACUCCACCGCUAUCCUGGCUAGAAAAGCCAAGGUCGUCAUCAUUGCAGUAUUCCUUGGCAUGUUUGCUGCGGCGAUAGCCUUGCUUCCAACGAUGGAAAUCGGUCUUGACCAGAGGGUUGCCAUUCCCGAUGGAUCCUACCUAAUUCCCUACUUCAACGAUAUGUACGCAUACUUUGGCGCUGGGCCUCCUGUUUAUUUUGUUGCAAGAGAGAAUGUUGCGCAGCGGACCGAGCAACAGGAGCUCUGCUCACGGUUUACCACUUGCCAACAGCUCUCAUUGACGAACACACUGGAAAUGGAGAGGCGCAGGUCCGAUGUGUCAUAUAUUGCAUCGCCCACUGCCAGCUGGAUUGAUGACUUUUUCUUGUGGCUGAACCCAGCCUAUGAGACGUGCUGCACCAAGGGUCGGUCUGCCUGCUUCGCUGACAGAGACCCUGCCUGGAACACCAGCCUGUCCGGUAUGCCUCAGGACGACGAAUUCCUGCACUACCUCGACAAAUUCUUGAACAGCAACGCCGACGAGGAUUGCCCGCUUGGAGGCAAGGCUGCCUACGGCCAGGCCGUGGUCCUUGACCAAGCUGGUACUGGCAUCAAAACCAGCCACUUCAGGACGGCUCACACGCCGCUCCGCAGUCAACAAGACUUUAUCAACGCCUACUCGUCCGCUCGCCGCAUCGCAUCCGAUAUCUCGGAGCGAACCGGUGCCGACGUCUUUCCGUACAGCGUAUUUUACAUCUUCUUUGAUCAGUACCUUACAAUCGUUCCCCUCACCGCCGGCCUCCUUGCCGCGGCCGUCGGCAUCAUCUUUGUCGUGGCCUCUGUGCUGCUUGGCUCCGUCCUCACGGCCGCUGUCGUGGCCGUCACCGUGGUCAUGAGUGUCGUCGACAUCAUGGGCGCCAUGGCCGUCUUUGGCGUGUCCCUCAACGCCGUGUCCCUUGUCAACCUCAUCAUUUGCGUCGGCAUUUCGGUCGAGUUCUGCGCCCACAUUGCGCGGGCUUUCAUGUUUCCCUCGCGCACCGUGCUCGAGAGUAACACCAACGACCUGCGCGGCCGUGACGCGCGUGCCUGGACCGCGCUCGUCAACGUCGGCGGCUCCGUCUUCUCCGGCAUCACCGUCACCAAGCUGCUCGGUGUCUCGGUGCUGGCUUUUACGCGCUCCAAGAUUUUCGAGAUUUACUACUUUCGCGUGUGGCUCGCGCUUGUUGUCUUUGCGGCGCUUCACGCGCUCGUCUUUCUGCCCGUGGCCCUGAGCAUCGCCGGCGGCAGCGGCUAUGUUGACCCGGAGAGCGAGGGCACGGCCGCCCAGGACCUCACGGACCGUCGGUGGCGCGCAAUUCGCAUCGGCGACCAGAGCGAUUCCGAGGACGAAUACUAA